GGUCGUGGCAGUGUGUGAUACUGCCACCCUCCCUUUGGGUGAGGAUGAGGAGGACACAUGCUUGGGCCACGCAUCAUAAAACCCAGCUCAGGAUAAAAGGGCUCUGGUCGUGGAUGCCUCAGUGUCAGUUCUCUCAGGAAGUGGCUCCUCUGCCUCCACAGAGCCAGGCUCUCCGACCCCAGCGAGAUGUCCUGCCAGCAGAGCCAGCAGCAGCAGCGCCAGGCCCCUCCCCAGUGCCCCUCCCCCGAGUGCCCCCAGAAGAGCCCGGCACAGUGUCUGCCUGCUGCCUCCUCCUGCUGUGCGCCCAGCUCUGCGGGCUGCGGGGGCCUCAGCUCCAGCUCCGGGGGCGGCUGCUGCCUGAGCCCGCACAGGCGCCGCAGGUCGCACAGGUGCAGGCUGCGGAGCUCGGACUCGUGUGAUGGUGCCAGCGGCCGGCAGUGUGGGGGCUCUGGCUGUGGCCACAGCUCUGGGGGCGGCUGCUGAC